AUGACAUCACCACUAGUUGGAUUUGUAGGUAGCCCUACUUACCCAACAGGGCAAAUAGCCCUUCUGGUUGCCAUGGGGGAAGAAAGAAGGCAAAUUACAUGUAUGAUAGACUUCAUAAUAGUCGAUUGUCCUUUAGCAUACAAUGCUAUACUGGGGAGAACAACCCUGAAUAAAAUUGGGGCAAUAAUCUCCACAUAUCAUUUGAUGAUAAAGUUCCCAACAUCAGAAGGGAUUGGUUGUAUAAGAGGAGAUCAGAAAGCAGCACGAGAAUGUUACAUCACCUUAUUAAGAGGAGCCAACAUCAAGAUGAAUAUUGAAAGUCUCGACACACGUGAUGAAGAGAAGCUCCAACAUGGAGAACCAGUGGAAGAGCUCCUGGAACCAGGGCAGCAGGAAAGAAUGGUGAAGAUUGGAAUGGGGUUGAGCACAGCGGCACGAGCAUAG